AUCCAUUUAUACUAAGGAAAAUACAUUACUAUUAUUCUUGUUUGAAAGCAAAUAUCAAGACUCACUCAUAAUAUACUAUUAUAUCCUGCUGCUUUGUUCGGAUACUGCCUUACACCGUCUGUACUGCAUUGAGUGACUAGAAUGGAGGAGAGUAUACACCAUACUGGUUGAUACACUUAUACACUCGUCAAGAUGGGUAUUAUAGCACGCAUGAAUCUCGAACCUAAUCCAGACCUUCCAAAGGGUCCUCCACGUCCAAGUCCGAGCUUAGUUUCUAGUGCUACUCCCACGGCUACCGACAUCAUAUCAAGUAUCACAAGAACCAUGGCGACAUCAUCAACAUCCUCUCCAACACCUACCAGCAAGAGCCAAGGAAUUGUUGGCAUUGCCGAGGGGGGCAACAGCGGAGAGAGGAUACUGCGAGGAUUCUUCAUCGGCAUGGCCCUUGGCAUCAUACUGAGCUUCAUGCUGUGCUGCUGGCUGCCGUGUCUCAGGAAAAGCAGAAGGACGCGGUUGCAGAGGAGGAACGAUAAUAUCCGGCGCAGACUCGUGAUUCUCGAGGACGAGGCCUGGGUGAACCAGAACUGGCCACAGAGGAGACCGUGGGAAGUUGGUCAGGACGAGAGAGGAAGUUAUGAGAGUCAUGAACCCAUGAGCCACGAGGAGGCAUAAAGGAUGGGCCUAGUGUUGUUGCUGUUUUAGGAUGCAUUUUUGCUAUUCAUCUUUUUUACUAUACAUAUUUGGAAAGCGGGCACAGUUAUACGGCGUCGGAUUAUGAUACAGGAUAUUCAGCCACCCAGGGGGAUUUGUCUGACAGGGAAAGCGAAUCGGGAUAUUACGUGUUAUGGGAUGGAGUUUUGAGGCGUUUUGGCUUUUGGGAUUUUGGAAUUGACAUGGGUUUCUUCUUGGUCUUGACUUUACGAGGAUGAAGUUGUAAGAGCUGACGAGUUUUAAUGACGAUAUGCACGCGGGCUGAAUCGCUUACAAAGAGAAGAAGCACACAAGAAUACUAUUAAUGCGC